UUCAGCCACGUCGAAGCACAGGAGCAUGUCAUCGGCUGUCGGUUCCGACGAACAGCCGUGGAAGGAUGUUGUUGACUUUAUGAUCAAGCCUAGCAGUGUUGCUCCACCGGUGGACACAUCUCAAUGGCCUAUUCUUCUGAAAAACUACGACCGUCUUAAUGUACGUACUGGUCAUUACACUCCUCUGCCGUCUGGUUUCUUGCCUCUCAAACGGCCUUUGGCUGAGUAUAUCAGGUAUGGUAUUCUCAAUCUUGAUAAACCAGCGAAUCCUUCGUCGCACGAAGUGGUGGCUUGGAUUAAGCGGAUUCUUCGGGUUGAUAAAACGGGUCAUAGUGGUACUCUCGACCCGAAGGUAACUGGGAACCUGAUUGUGUGCAUUGAUCGAGCCACACGACUUGUGAAGUCGCAACAGGGUGCGGGUAAAGAGUACGUGUGUGUUGCUCGGUUGCAUUCUGCUGUGCCCGAUGUUUCUAAAGUUGCUCGGGCUCUGGAGACGCUCACUGGGGCUGUGUUUCAGAGGCCGCCGUUGAUAUCUGCUGUGAAAAGACAGCUUAGGAUUAGAACUAUAUAUGAAAGCAAGCUUCUUGAGUAUGAUGUUGAUAAACAUUUGGUUGUAUUUUGGAUUUCUUGUGAAGCGGGAACUUAUGUUAGGACGUUGUGUGUACACUUGGGUUUGAUUCUUGGCGUUGGAGGGCACAUGCAGGAACUUAGGAGGGUGAGAUCUGGAAUUUUGGGUGAGAAGGAUAACAUGGUUACAAUGCAUGAUGUGAUGGAUGCCCAAUGGGUUUAUGAUAAUUUCAAGGAUGAAAGCUAUCUGAGGAGGGUAAUUAUGCCUCUUGAGGUGGUUUUGACAAGCUAUAAAAGAUUGGUUGUCAAGGAUUCUGCUGUUAAUGCUAUUUGUUAUGGUGCGAAGUUGAUGAUUCCAGGGUUGUUGAGAUUCGAAAACGAUAUUGGAGUUGGGGAAGAAGUUGUACUUAUGACCACCAAAGGUGAAGCCAUUGCUCUUGGUAUUGCAGAGAUGACUACUGCAGUGAUGGCAACUUGUGACCAUGGUGUUGUUGCAAAGAUCAAAAGGGUUGUGAUGGAUCGAGAUACUUAUCCAAGGAAGUGGGGACUAGGUCCAAGGGCAUCAAUGAAGAAAAAACUUAUUGGGGAAGGGAAGUUGGACAAGCAUGGGAAGCCAAAUGAGAAAACUCCUCAGGAAUGGCUGAGGAAUUUGGUUUUACCCACUGGUGGGGACUCUUUGGUUGCAAGUGUUUUCGCUACCGACACUGCAACUGCUAAGCCUACUGCUGCAGAAGAGACAGGAAAAGAUGGCGGAGGGCGGAAGCGAAAACUAGAUGAAGAAACUGAAGCUGCUCCAGGUAAGAAACUGAAGGCUGAUAAGGCUGAAGAUGUUGAAGAAGAAGUCGGGAAGAAAGAGAAGAAGAAGAAGAAGAAGAAGAAAGACAAAGAGAAGGGUACUGCAGAAGAACCUUCGGAUGAGGAGAAUGUUGAAAAUUCAGAGAAGAAAAAAAAGAAGAAGGACAAAGAAGCUAAAGAAGCUAAAGAAGCAGGUACACCUGAGACAGAAAAGUCCAAGAAGAAAAAGAAAAAGAAAGAUAACGAAUCUGGAAAUGAUGAUUCUCAUAUACAUGCAGCUGAUGUUCAAAAUGGUGAAGCAGAUGGUCAUGUUGAUGGAAGUGAGAAGAAAAAGAAGAAGAAAAAGAAGAAUAAAGAAGAUGCAGAAGAAUAAGAUGAAGGGAUCGGAUUCUACUUUAUAUUUGGGCUGCUCGAUUCUCCAAAUCUUCCUUCCUAUGCCUUCUUGGAUUUAUUUCAUCUUUUGCUAGCUGAUGAUGUUGGUGAUGACAUUUUAAAACUAACAAAUGUUGGAUUAUAAAAGAGCUGGAGACUGGAAGAGCAGGAAUGGCUAUAUACAUCUAUGACAGCAAGAAAAUCAAUGUUGUUUUUGUUUGUAUAUUUUAUGAUGUGAAAUCAAGGUGGCACUUACUAGUUUGCUUAUUCCCAAAUAUGGGUUUUGGUAAUUUUGUUGGUUUUUAGUACAUCUAGAUUUAGAUUUUACACUUCAAGUUUUUCGAUAUUAUAUUUGUUUUCUGCAAACAAUUUAAUUUUUCAUGGCCAAUCAAAGAUUCGAUGAAGGGUCUUGAAGAAUCGCACGUUCUUGUUUGACCAGAUGAUAUUUUGCCUCUAUGAUUAAGUGCUAAAUCUGAGCUAUAUCAUAAUGUCAGCGAACUUAACACAAUUGCUUUGCUUACAAUUUUAACUAUAUAAAUAUAACAAAAUCUAUUAUUGUUCUUAUUCUUAUGAUUGAGGAAUUGCAAUAAAACAAAGAAGACCUCACAAUACAUGGUCAAGGGCAGUGGUAGCGAGAUCGAGAGUGAGAGUAACAUGAGUAUCAACAGCAACAUUUUUACUAGAUAUGUUAUAAUGAGACAGUGAUCGAGAACAAGAGCGAGAGUGCAAAUUAUAUGACCGAGAGAAGUGAGAGCGUGAGUUUAUAGUUUGUAUAUGUACAAGUUAUAAUGAGAACGAUCAAUAAUGAGAGCGAGAUCGAGAGUUUAGAGAGAUUUGUACCAGUAAGCUAUAAUGAGACAGUGGAUAUGAGGAGGUAACUAUCUCUCCAAUCCCAGCAGCACAAUUGAGACCUGGAGAAAAGCUGGUAAGUGUUUUUAUUAUUAUUUGUUUUUUUUUUUUUUUUCAAUCUCUGAAUGUCUUUGCUCAGUCAAGAAUUAUGAGACAUAUGUCUAGGGUCAUUUUUCUGUAAUUAUGGCAUUGGAAGGCAUGCCAAGCAAUUGUGGCUAAGAUGCAAUUGUCAGAUUUUCAUACUUCACUUUACAAAGAUAAUUGCAAUCUUUCUAUGAACGUCUUAGGGAUCGAGUUCUAUAAUAACUGCUUUUUAGAUCUUUUGUUGUUUCUGUCUACUCCUUUUUUAGAUAUAAUGUUCUCACGGUGGUAUUUACUAAUGCUAGACAAGAUUUAUCGAACUUAAGUACUGGGAAUAAGUUCCUAUAUUCUUAUUCACGGUAUAUUAGAUAUUCUUAUUUACGGUAUAUUAGAUAUUCUUAUUUACGGUUCGUUAGAUAUUGUUCUAUAUUAUGAUCUGUCAAGAUAUGUAUAAUAUUGAAGGCAUUUUUAAAAAUGAGAUUGUAUGAGAAUUUUUGCGGACUAUAAAAUAUGGACCACUUUACUAUUCUUUCUACACUCUUGUUUCUUUUAGUUUUACUUGUUUCAGUAGCCACAUUUUAAGUUUUUGAUUCUGCAUGUGUUCUAAAAUUUACUCACAUCUUAUAAUGUAUAUAUAUUUUCUGUUUUCAUUUGCUAUUAGAUCGAAAUAAAGGAGUUGGAUGAUUUUGCUUAAGCUGCUUUUCGUGGAUUCUAAUAAUUGAAUUGUAUACAGAGUCGCAUUUUUGACACUGCUUAUAACACUAAUGAGAAUAUACUAGUGAGCUAUCUCCUUUCUAUUUGUGGAAAGCUGACAUCUUUAAAUUGUACGUAUUAUCUUUCUUGUUCUGGUUGUAUGAUUAUUUCUUUUAGGUCAGCCAUGAUCUCCAUUCUCCGUGAGGUUUGUACUUAGAUGGUUGUAACAGAAAUGCUUUGCUCCUUUGUUUGGAUGUAAUAUUUUGGUCAUUAAUUCAUUUAUGAUGAGUCACACCUAUGGGACAUAAGCCCAUAGCACAGGCCUUUCUGAUAAGGUAUAUGCCUUUACUGAGGUGAUAGCAGUUGGAGAGUUGCAUCUACCCUGAUAUGGUCAUCUUUGUGUUAUAUGAUGUGUUCUUGUAAAUUAUUAUUAUUCUUACUUGAUCAUACUGCUAACAGAAAUGGAGGACAACUAUUUAGAAUAAUUUUUUGCUGAUGGUGUUUUCGUGCUUUUGGGUUACUUUAGUCCUUUCCGGUUGGGUACAUUUUCCAACCAAAAUUUAGAGAAUUAUACGAGUAGCAUUAUGGUCCCGCUAUGUACAGAAAGAUAUUUCUUAAAUUCAUGUGCAUUGAAUGCAUUACGGUUUUGUUUUGAGUUCCAGAUUUCACAGCAUUUCAAGGAUGGAUAUUUGCAUAAAGAUGAAUUUAAGAUAGUUUAUUGCAUAAAGAUGAAUUUAAGAUAGUUUAUUGCAUAAAGAUGAAUUUAAGAUAGUUUAUGUUGCUCCUAUGAAGGUAAAUAGCUUUCAUUCGUUUUUUAAUUUUCUGGGGAGGGUGUUGGCAUGCGAGCUUCUUUUUUUUGUCUGGUGUUGUAUAUUCUAGGCAUUUGCUGCGAGGUCACAUCUACUUUUAGCCAUCGUUUGUCACCCUUGAAUGUUACUGUAAGAGAACUAACUGGAGACAUGCAACUUUUGAAGAAUGAACUUGAAGAAACUCAGAUGAUAGUGACAACACGUUAGAAAUAGGAUGUCAUUGCUCGCAAAAGCAGUGACAUGUCACUGUCGAUGUUGGUGAAACUCUUAAUUAUUGACGAGGUACAUCUUUUAAAUGAUGACCGAGGGCCUGUAAUUGAGGCACUAGUUGCACGAACUCUUCGUCAGGUGGAGUCAACACAAAUAAUGAUACGUAUUGUUGGCCUUUCAGCCACCCUCCCUAAUUACUCGGAGGUUUUCCUUCACUAUGUUCUGAAGAUUCUUUUGUAUGAUUAUCUUUUAGUUGGCCUUCUUGAGCCUCAUUAUUUUUGGCUAGCUGAUUCUAGUCACUCUAUCUGAAUCUAGGUUGCACAGUUUCUUAGAGUGAAUCCAGGAACAGGACUUUUGUUCUUUGAUUCUAGCCGUCCUGUGCCUCUUGCACAACAAUAUAUUGGUAUCAGUGUGCAUAACUUUGCAGCUCGCAAUGACGUGUUAAAUGAAAUAUGCUAUGAGAAGGUUUUUACGUUUAUUUAGGAUCUAUGCCAGAUUCUACUUUGGAAAAGAACUCCACUGAUUUAACAUUUCAGUUCAAAACAUUUGGUGUAAGGUUGUUGAUUCAUUAAAGCAUGGGCAUCAAGCAAUGGUGUUUGUUCAAUCUCGAAAGGACACAGCAAAGACAGCAGAGAAGCUGGUGUCCUGUUCCAUUCUGUUCAUUUGUUGUAUGUUUUGUACUUAAGUUCAUAUGCUUAUCAAGAAGAGUUAUUUUGCACUACAGGAGCAAGCGUUAGAUCACCACAUGUAUGUUAGUAAUUUUUCUUUUGGUUAUGAGAGCUCUAAAAGAUCAUGAAAGGAUUUUGAAUCAUUUUGGCUCCCUGUGGUGCAGAUGCAUUAUAAAUAACCUGAAUUUUUUUUUCUUUAAUCUUCUUCCUUUAUUCAAUUUAUUUAACAAAGGAUUGAUUUGAACCAUUCUUAAAUUAUUAUGCUCUUAUAGAAGAAUAAAUUUAGGGGUUCCACUCUAUAGAAACAAACAUGGAUUGGCUUAAUAUCCGAAGCGGAUCUAGUGAGAAAUUUAUCCAAUCAAAUUAUUCAGAAUACUUAUCAGAAAGGUAUAAUUCUGUGAGUAUUUUUAAUUGUCAGUUUGAGAGAGGCAAGUAGAUCUUGAUUAAUGGAUUUAAGUUGGGAAUCGGUAGAGUUCAUCUUACUCAUUUACAAUGUGCAGAUUUGAUUUUCUUCUGUUCUAUAAGGAAGAUUCUGUUAUCACUCUUAACAAUACUCUAUUCACAUGUAAGGAAAUUUCCAGUCUCAAGAUCAACAGAGCUAGCAUUGAUUAUUUUGAGGAGACCGACAUCUUGAGAUGAGAUAAUUACAUGAACAGCUCGCUGAUGUAUCUUCCUCUAUGGAUGAGAAUAUUAUAUUGGCUAGUGUCGCCAAGCGGUUGCUCUGUUUUCUGUUUUCCGAGGGUUAUGCUGUCUUGUCCUGAGUCAGUUUGUAAAGGUGCGGAGAGAAGUCAGUUUGUAAAGGUGUGGAGAGAAAGUAUACCUCUCAAAUUUGUCACGGGUAGAUACAUUGUAAUUCCAACAGUGUUGUCUAUUCCAAAAUAAAGGUUUCUUAUCACUA